GAUUGACAAAAAAUAAACUGCAGCCAAGCAUCGAUCAUCAUGUCACCAGAAUCUGCAUAUUUAUUCGAAAGGAGCAUCAAUCUCAUCACCGUACCCUUCCAGCUACCAUGUGAACUUGAUUUAUUUCAUCUGUAGCCAUUUUUUUGUAUUUUUUUUGAUAGGCAUUUUUUUUCUACAUAAUUUAUUUUGCGACGUGCACCGUAUAUUAUUUCGUAAUACAAUCGUUUUAUACUAGUGCAUAGUACUUAGCGCAACCUCGUUACAUAUACAAAUAAUUACCUAUCCCAUCAUAUUCAAAUAAGACUAACUUUAGAACAGUUGCCAAUUUGCCAACAAACUCCUCUUCAGACACUUUAAUCUCGAUGGGCAAACAAGCCUUAAAUUGGAUGUUACAAUUUAUACCACGGCGGGCAGUAGUAUUAUAAAACGGUACCUUACCUUUAGUAGACGUAUCAUAAGUAGAGGUCGGCCGAUUAAUUAGGGCCGAUUUCAAAUUUUCAUAACAAUCGGUAAUUGUCAUUUUUGGACACAAAUUAUAUUUGCAAUCGACCAGGAGACUGCGUGGCAGACUGACCACCUGUUACGCGAGUGCUGGCAGCAAGGAGCCAUGAGAUGUCUCCCCAGGCUUCUCUCCUACCUGCGGUGGUCCUGUCACUGGUUCUGGUUGUGUGGGUUCUGACAGGGCUGACCCAUGCCCAGCCCAAGGCUUCUGUCCUGGACUUCUCCGCCAGCCUGGGUAACCUCCUCCCCAGCCUCAGCCGACCAGCCAACUCCAGCCGGAUCUUCUAUGGGGUAAUGUUUGACGCUGGCAGCACUGGCACACGCAUCCACGUCUAUACCUUCAUACAGAAAGACCCUGAGGAGUUACCAGUGUUGGAUAAUGAGAUGUUCCAUUCCAUCAAGCCUGGUCUGUCAGCAUAUGCAGACACGCCUGAAAUGGGUGGGUAUACAGUGAGGCAGCUUCUGAAAGUGGCUAAGAAAACCGUCCCCCGGCUGGAAUGGAAGAGAACCCCGCUGGUCUUGAAAGCCACAGCAGGACUCAGGCUGCUGCCCUCAGAGAAAGCCCAGGCUCUGCUGGAACAGGUGCAGGAUGUUUUUGAUGAAUCUCCCUUCUUCGUGCCAGACGAUAGCGUCAGCAUAAUGAAUGGUACAAAUGAAGGAAUCUUGGCGUGGGUUACUGUGAACUUUUUGACAGGUCACCUGUAUGCUGAGACCAGGAAGACAGUGGGGAUUCUGGAUCUGGGGGGAGGAUCGACUCAAAUCACUUUUCUUCCUAAAUCCAAGAAAACCAUUGGAAGUUCUCCUGAUGACUACAUUGCCAGAAUUGACAUGUUAAACUCGACAUAUGAACUCUACACUCACAGCUACCUGGGUAAUGGACUGAUGGCAGCUAGACUGGCAGCCCUAGGAGCACUGGGGGCAGAAGGGUUAGAGUGGAGAGUGUUCAAAAGCUCCUGCCUGCCUAAGAAGUUCAGAGAGGAGUGGAGCUUUGGAGGACUCACCUACAUAGUCAGUGGGAUACCUGAUGGUUAUGUGGGAUACAAGCUGUGUUACCAGGAAGUGCUGAAGGUGGUAAAGGGAAUAGUUCACCAGCCCUAUGAGUUGAAAGACACCAGUGUGUUCUACGCUUUCUCCUAUUACUUUGACCGAGCCGUGGAUGCAGGCCUUAUUGACAGGACCCAAGGAGGAAUGCUGGAGGUCAGGGACUUCAAGAAGAGAGCUAAAGAGGUGUGUAACAAGAUGUCUAAGUACCAUCUGAUCAGCCCCUUCCUGUGUAUGGACAUGACCUACAUCACCUGUCUGCUCAAAGACGGCUUUGGCUUCAAGGAGAACACUGUACUGCAGCUGACUAAGAAAGUCAACAACGUGGAGACGAGCUGGGCUUUAGGUGCCACGUUCAACCACUUCCAGAACCUAAAGAUCUACAGAUAGACAAGGAGCCACAGAUCUGGGUGGGCAGGAGGGGAAACCACUGGAUUAGAUGGUGCUCAAAAAUAAAUGGACUAAGGAAUUCUUGUUGUUUUAAACUUAACAGCCUUUGUUCCUGCCUUGUAAUGUCUUAAAAAUAUGCCUUGCAUCUGACUUACUAUUUGACUAUCAAGAUUUGACAUUUCUGAGAUAACAUUACAACUAUUUUGUUACCCAACACCUAAAUGGUUGGUACUAUACUUCAGUAGGUCUGUUGUUUUCAUGUGACUAGCUGCUACUAGCUGCUAUUUACAUCUCUAUUAAAGCACUGGGGGCUGUCGAUGACUGAAACGCCACUGAGUUGUGUUACUGUAUAAAGAUGGAUAUUUUGACCAUCUGUUUAAUAUCACUUGGGUGUGAUCUUUAUUUUCAUUAAAAAAUAAACUGGUAUGAGUGUGCUUUGCAAAAAUAGUGUGUUAAAUUGUUCUACAUGCAGCCCUCUGUACAUCAAAUCUUAUUGUGCCUUAGUUCCAAUAGCAGCUUGUGAGUUUGGAACUGAUUUCAAAGUUUCCUUUCUAUUAAUGGACGGAGUACAUUGCUGUGGAGCAUAUUUAAUGUCAUUUUCAAAUAGUCUUAUGUCAGCUAUUGACUUGAUUAAUUUAUGUGAAUUAAGCUAAAAGCACCAGCCUUAAUAUUGUUUUACAAAAGGAAUAUCACUGCAUGUUAACCUUAUCUGCUCUCAGGUGAGCUUACACAAUUGAUUUAGUACGAUUCACAAUGACAAAUCCAGGUAGCUAUACAUGUACUUUCUUUUAAUAAAACUCAUGAUUUGUA